AGUCGUCAAAUGCGCAUAAUAAUAUCGGUCGUCGACUCUGUUUUUCGCAAAUUUUAGCGAAAUUUUUCUGUUUACACUUUUUGCAGGCAGCACCGGCUUGCUCGCUUAUUUAGUGUAACAGAGAUUUUUUGUAUUAAAAAAAAAAAAACUGAAAAUGCCUCCUAUGCUAGGAUUAACUGCGAAGAGUUUAAAAAAACAUCCAUCUCUGAUUCCUCUUUACUUUUGCCUCGGUGUGGGAGCAACAGCUGUUGUUGGUUACAUGACAAGAUGUGCUUUAAAAAAUCCUGAUGUCUCAUGGAAUUUGAAAACUAAUCCUGAACCCUGGCAAAAAUACGAGAACAAGAGAUACCAGUUUUUGGAUCCUGUUGGUGCUAGAGGCUGGAAAGAACCUCCAAGGCUCAAGAGCAUUUGGGAUUAAAAAAUUCAGAACUGGUCAACAUUGAUAAACACAAAAAUUGCUAUCAUAUUAUACUUAUAGAGUUAGCAUUUUUUGAAUUUGAAUCUUAUGGAACCAUAUAUAGUCAAUAUGGAUCGAUAUUAUAAUUAAAAAAUACAUCAAUUUUUUUAUGAACUUUGUUCAUCGUAUAAGGAUUCAAGCAGAGAAAUAUGAAAAAUAAUACAAUGUAAUAAGUAUACCACUGAUUCCAAUCAGCGUAUAUGCACUGAUAAAUUAGUGAAAAUUCCCUGAUUUUUCAGUGUAUACACGCUAAUUGGUAACAGUGGUAUACUUAUCGCUGAUUCAAAUUUAGAGAGUUCUUAAAUUUAUAUAACAUUUACAAAAACCCAAAAGAACAUUUUUAAUCAUUCCGACACUUUUUUCUACAUUUUUCAAAAGAAUUUUUUAUAUUUUAUAGCAUUUAAAUUUUUGAUAAAAAAUAUUUAAAUUCCAUUUAUACACACCUGGAACUUUACAUAUUUGUACGUUAAUAAAAAUUUCUACUAUCAA